AUGGAGGAGGAAACCUCGGUAAAAAACCUGAUGGCGGGGCCCUGUAGGGGCCACAGUUUCUCCGCUGACAGCGGUGGAGAAAGGAGGACGGGCUCGGCGUGUACUCACACUACCACCGAGCAGGCAGGGGGACGUAGUCUCCCUGUCAACCGUCGGCAUAUCGUAAUCCCGAGAAGAGCGCUGUGGUUAAGUCUCGCGGCUCUGAUCGGGGGCGAGGGUCUUGGCUUAACCGCCCGGACCGCGAGGAAGAUAACCUCUCUAAAAAAUUCCCCGAAUCCCGUGUUCUGGUGCGUGGCCAGGGGAUGCAUGGCUGAUGGGAAGUUCAGUCGCGAGCGCACUCCAAGCCGAGGUACCUGCGGACCCCUCGGUUGGGUUAAAAACUUACGCUUGCCCGGGUAA